CUGACCCGAUCUGAUGCUUUGUACUUACUUUACCCUUUUUCUGUUUACCUUUUCUUUUUCCCAGUCUUUCUACAUCUACUUCAACUCCGUUUCCCCUCUGUUGCUUUUCUGUAUAUAUAAAUAAUUUUUUCAAUUUCAAUCAUUCACAACCAAAAAUCUCUCUUCAUAGUUCUCUAUUUCCAAUAAUUUAUCAGACACACACACACACACAAAAAGAGAACUCUUCAAGUUCUUAACCUCCGCCGGCCGCCGUUUCCCAAUGUUGAGAAAAUCGAACUCCUCCGUUGAAAUCCUUACUUUCUGUUUCUUCGUUUCUCUUUUUUGUUUGGCUUCCUUUUCACUCGCUCAGCGACAACAAGAACAACAACUCGCUGAACCGGAUCGGUUCGACGAUGACGACGAGGGAGGAAACGGCACCGUUUCGAAUGCUUCUUCCAUAGCUAAACCGAAGGACGGUACAUUUGCCGCUAUUAUCGAUCGUGCUCUAGAGAAGGAGUUCACUGAGAACGAACAAAAUGAAGUAAAUGAUGAUGCUGGAAGUUUCAACAACAGUGUAGUAGAAAAGAAGGCUGUUUUGGAAACCGUGGCCAGAGUGAAGACAAAGAAAAAUGAUACAAAAGAGGAAAAAUCAUUUCAACUCCAUGACGUAUUUAAUCUAGAGAAUGAUAACAGAGCUGAAGAUACACCUAUGUUGAUAGAUCGGAAGGACAAUGUCUUCAUCAUUUCUAAUUUUAAAUCAAAAUAUCCAGUGUUACAACUAGACUUAAGACUAAUAUCAGAUUUGGUAGUUGUCAUUGUCUCUGCAACUUGUGGUGGCAUUGCAUUUGCUUGUGCUGGACAACCGGUCAUUACUGGAUAUUUGUUAGCAGGAUCUCUUAUUGGACCUGGGGGUUUUAACUUUGUCAGUGAAAUGGUGCAAGUUGAAACAGUAGCUCAAUUUGGUGUGAUUUUUCUUCUUUUUGCAUUGGGCCUAGAGUUUUCCAUUGCAAAGCUUCGAGUUGUUCGAGCAGUUGCUGUCUUAGGAGGGCUACUCCAGAUAGUUCUAUUUAUGUGCCUCUGUGGAAUUACAGCCUCAUUAUGUGGCGGUAGACUCUCAGAGGGUGUAUUUGUUGGUGUAUUUCUUUCAAUGUCUUCAACAGCUGUGGUGCUUAAAUUUUUAAUGGAGAAGAAUUCUAACAACAUGCUUCACGGCCAAGUCAUCAUUGGCACUCUUAUUCUGCAAGACUGUGCUGUGGGAUUGCUAUUUGCGUUGCUUCCAGUUCUUGUUGGAACAUCCGGCAUUUUUCAAGGAGUAAUAUCCAUGACUAAACUGUUGGUCAUGUUGGCUACUUUUUUGGGUGUUUUGUCGAUAUUGUCCCGUACAGGCCUUCCUUGGUUGCUCAAACUGAUGAUAAGUCUCUCAUCACAGACAGAUGAACUUUAUCAACUGGCAUCUGUGGCGUUCUGCUUACUUGUAGCCUGGUGUAGUGACAAGCUGGGGCUGAGCUUAGAAUUGGGUUCAUUUGCUGCCGGAGUGAUGAUAUCAACAACUGAUCUUGCUCAACACACACUUGAACAAAUCGAACCCAUUCGGAAUUUUUUCGCUGCUCUCUUCCUUGCCAGCAUAGGGAUGCUGAUCCAUGUUCAUUUUCUCUGGAACCAUGUUGAUAUCUUGCUUGCAUCUGUUAUAUUGGUUAUCACCAUAAAAACAAUAAUAAUUGCCUUGGUUGUCAAGGGUUUUGGCUACAACAACAAGACUUCACUGCUUGUCGGGAUGUCUCUUGCACAGAUUGGAGAAUUUGCUUUUGUCCUUCUAAGCCGUGCUUCUAAUAUCCAUCUUGUUGAGGGGAAACUGUACCUGCUACUGCUAGGGACAACAGCACUUAGUCUGGUGACAAGUCCUCUAUUGUUCAAACUAAUCCCUGCGUUACUUCAUCUCGGGGUGCUCUUACGAUGGUUCUCCCCUGAGAGAGAAAGUUCCAUUGAGGUUGGAAUUAAAGGAGAUAACCUCCGUUCAGACAGCGGAAAGCAUCGCAUUACUUUGAUGGUGCAAGAACCCCAUGAUUCCUGAUUAAUACCAUGUAAGUAAACUAAUCGAGAAGAAAAAUCUCCAUUACAUGUUUGGUCGGCCAUGUUUUUGUGAUGCUGCAGAUGAAGUUAAUGAUGUCGUGAAACACGCUUUGCUUCCUGUUUUUGUUUUGGUUUACUAACCCUACUAUAUUUGAUUAACAAAUUGCAUUGUUCCUCUUAAAAAGAUGCCAACAGCAUGAGGUAACCUCUAGCUGUUGAAGCAAUGCCUUGUAAUCUUUCAUUUCUAACAACUGUUUUUACACGUUUGGUUUGGCUGUAUCUAGUGGUUCUCAUACUUCCAUUUUUUAUUUUUUCAAACAUGGCAUUUUGAAAAUAUAAGUUUAUUAUAUGUA